UCUUGUGAAGGCUGGCUAGCUCUCGUUUGUCAUGUGAAUGCUAUUAAUAUUAAAGGUUAGCUAACUAGCCUGAGCUACUUCUAUGCAACUAAUAUCUCUACACCGCUCCCAUUCAGCUAGUUUGUAUGUCCUAGCUACCUAAAAAACAGCUGCUAGUUUAAUUUGUAUGUGCUAGCUAGAACCUCUUCGAUCUGUCUUCAGUUCAUCCGCAUCCAUCUCCUAACUAGAUGCUCUGGCGGUGGUGCGUGCUCCCUCUAGCAAUCAAUGAGAGACGUGUCCUUAUUUCUCCUGAAGAACUCUCUGGGAUCGAAGAUGAAGAAAGGCUUGAGAAACUUCUGCAACGACGAUGGCUCAACCUCUACCCUCAACCAACACGGCAAUAGCCGCCCCAGCCCCCUUGGUCUUGCUCUUAGUCAACAUGAUCAUGAUCAUACCUCCCCAGAAAUGGAAAGGCAGCCAACGUUGGAGGAGAUGAUAUUGAAGUUGGAUUUGGAAGAGGAGAUUGCAAGAAAAUCAAAGGAGCUGCAGCUCAUGAAAGAGGGCCACGAAGACGAUGACUACAAUAUUGAUAUGAAUGGACUAAUAAUGCGAGGACCGGGUAGGAUGUCUUGCGUAAAUAAUUCAGAUAUUUUGCGGUCUGCAAGGAAUGCAUUGAAUCAGUACCCUCGUUUCUCUCUUGAUGGCAGGGAUGCCAUGUACCGCUCUUCCUUCAGAAACAACUUACAUUUGCAGCAGGAUCAUAUUGGUAUUGUAGGACAGGAAAAGCUGAGGCCAACUCAUCGUGAUCACAGAAGAAGCUCAGAUGUAUGCUCAUCAAUGGGUCGUGAUGCAAGUAGCAGUACCACGAGGUCUUUGUAUCGUCGUCGUUUGCCAGCAACUUUAGCAGGGGAGAGUGUCGUAUGGUGCAAACCAGGUGUAGUAGCCAAACUGAUGGGGCUAGACGCCAUGCCAGUACCAGUAAGUGUUGGUGGUAAAUUCAAAGGUAGUAGUAAUGAAAAGUUGUGUUACAUCUUGAAGCAGAGUCAACGGAACAUGAUCACUAUGAGGAGCAGAGGUGAGCAGAGACAUGAAAUGGAGAGAAGAUCAAUGAUGCAUGCUAUGGAUCGUAGUAUUCCUGCAGCACGUAAUUGUAGCAGAUAUAAUAAUUGUAAGAAAGGCAAGGCUGCUGCUGCUGCUACUGCUGGUUCCUGCAGUACCACAUCCAAAACUACUCCAGCUGGCAAUUACUGUGUUGUUAAGCCAUUAGUCACCAUACAGCAUUCAGAUCAUAACUAGUAGAUCGAGGGAGGGUCCUUAAAGCCUGUUUUAUGACUGACAAUGUAUACGCGGUCAGAAUUACAAUCACCAUCACUAAUACUCUUCUGAUUUGAAACGAGUGAAAUCCUUUGGUAAUAGUAAUUGUGGAUGACUCUUGCAGUUUCACCUUCAAAAUGCUAAUUAUCGAUCAGUAAGGAGAUUUUUCCUUAUAUGC